GUUUCACAGUUUUAAAUUUAUUUCUGAUUUCCCACAUGGCAUCAAAAAAAAGUUCGAAAGCUACACCUCCUACUAAAGCUAAAGUUGUUCCUACCGCUAAAACAACUGGAAUUAAAAUUACAGCUAAACUUCCACCUAAAACUAUUCCACAACCUAAAACUACUCCUAUCAUUAAGAAAAAAAUUAAUACAAAGGUUAAAAUAAUAAAGAAGAAAAGUGAGAUUAAAACCAAAGAUAAAAAAGCCACUAAAGCACAGGUUGCUGUUGAAGCUGGAAAUUUUCCUAAAAAGUCAAAGAAAAUUAGAACAUCUGUUCAUUUUAGAAGACCAAAAACUUUAUGUAAACCGAGAACUCCAAAGUAUCCUCGAAAGAGUAUACCUCACAGAAAUCGAAUGGAUCAGUUCUCUAUUAUUAAGCACCCACUGACAACAGAGUCAGCCAUGAAAAAAAUUGAGGACAAUAAUACGCUUGUUUUUAUUGUACACAAACGAGCUAAUAAACAUCAAAUUAAGCAAGCCGUCAAAAAACUUUACAACAUAUCUAUAGAAAAAGUCAAUUGUUUAAUAAGACCUGAUGGUUAUAAAAAGGCCUAUGUUCGCCUUAAGCCAGAUUUUGAUGCUCUAGAUGUAGCAAAUAAAAUUGGGAUUAUAUAAAUGAAAUCAAUUUAUAAAUCUCUACUUCCAUUAUUUUCACUAAACUUCAAAUAUUAAUAAAAAUCAAAAUAUAGUUUGAAGAUAGUUAUUAAACACAAUUUAGCAAAAGAAAAUAC